AUGUCUUACACUCCCUGUCCAGGCGUGUCAACCGUUGGCGUACACCACGGCGUGCGGCUGUCAAACAUGUCGCGCGAUUUGUACCUCAAGUGUUGGACGUCCCGUAAGGCCACAGAGUUGGCCGAAUACCUGUUGCAAACGGCCAGCACCUAUGGCAGCGACUUUACCAGCCCUAACCGGUACGGCUCGUUUGCGCCCGUCCGGCAGGAGACCAGCGCCCAGUGGUUUGUCGACGGGGCCAACCAUUUCGAGGCUGUGGCCGAAGCCAUGGAGUCGGCGCAGGAGGAGAUAUUCAUUGCCGACUGGUGGCUGAGUCCGCACAUCUAUAUGCGAAGGCCUGUGCAUGGCGACCACUCGCGACUGGACCGCAUACUGGAGCGCAAGGCGCGCGAAGGCGUGCGGGUGUAUAUACUAGUGUACAAAGAGGUAGAGCUGGGCAUCAGUAUAAACUCGCUGUUCACCAAACAGUGGCUCAUGAAACUGCACCCAAACAUCCGAGUGCUGCGCCAUCCGGACGCCGUACGGGGCGGACCACUCCUGUGGUCGCAUCACGAAAAGCUGGUCAUCAUUGACCAGUCCUACGCUUUUGUCGGCGGUAUUGACUUGUGUUUUGGCCGCUGGGAUAACCACGAGCACCGCAUCACCGAUUUGGCCGGCAUCGAGUUGGAUGAGUCCGAUGGCGCCUACAAGGAUCACACGAUAUACACCUCGUCGACGCCCUCCGGCCUGAAACUCAAGUCCCAAUCGGUGGGUGAGCUGUCCGUCGGGGCCGAUAGUGUGGAACCCAUUGAAUCCCUGAAGUUAAGGACUAAACGCUUGCAAGCGGUUGCC